AGUAGUAGUUUUAGCUCAGAGAGUUCAUAGUACUGUUCUAGGAUUCUUUUCUACAAAAUUGGCGAUUCCUGUUUUUCAUGUCAUUUUCCAUCCCCACCAUUCCAAUUAGUCUCCCUUUUUCUCUCACCAAAAAGAAACAAACAAAGGCCAACAGAGGAGAAAGAGAAAAAGUUAAGGGUAAAAAAGGAGGAAAAAAAGAACUCCUCAAAGGCAAAAGAAAAGAAAGCUUGAUUUCAUUCAUUAAUCAAUAAGUGCAGGCUUUUCUCUCAUAAAGUCUGGAUAAUAGGCCAGAGAAUUUCACAAAUCCAGGGACUCUCUCUAAAAGAACAUGAGUUUUAGGGAGUGCAAUAAUGUAGAAAACAAGAAUCUAUGUCUUCAAACCCCAACUUUUAUUGAGUGGCUCAAACCAUCAUCAUCUUCCUCUCAAACUAGUUCAAUUUCAUCAUCACCUCCUUCUUAUUCCUUGAUUCAGCAUGAACAACUUGUACAAGAUCAAACGAUCCAGUUUUUGCCCUUUAAGGAAGAUCAACAUAUUGGAGUGCAAAAGGAAGGUUUAGAAGUAAAAGAAGAGAAGAAGGUGGAACAGGUGACGGUGGCUUUGCACAUUGGAUUGCCUAACACGAGAGGCCAUGAACCUGAUGAUGAUCAUGAUGCUGAUGAAAAAAAGCUUUUCCAUGUUAAGGAAGAAGAAGAACCCUUGAAGAAAAGCUUCCAGGGCAAUUGCUCUUUCAACCAGGAGAGAAGAUUUUGGAUUCCAACUCCUGCACAGAUCCUUGUUGGACCGAUGCAGUUUGCUUGCUCCAUAUGCAGCAAGAGCUUCAAUAGAUAUAACAAUAUGCAGAUGCAUAUGUGGGGGCACGGAUCCGAAUUUAGGAAAGGACCAGAGUCACUUAAAGGAACACAACCAGCUGCAAUGCUAAGGCUACCAUGUUACUGUUGUGCCCAGGGUUGCAAGAACAACAUCAAUCACCCAAGAGCAAAGCCCUUGAAGGAUUUCAGAACCCUCCAAACCCACUACAAAAGAAAGCACGGUGCAAAACCAUUUAUGUGCCGAAAGUGUUCGAAAUCCUUUGCAGUUAAAGGGGAUUGGAGGACUCACGAGAAGAACUGUGGAAAGUUGUGGUACUGCACUUGUGGUUCAGAUUUUAAGCACAAAAGGUCCCUUAAAGAUCAUAUUAGAUCCUUUGGAAAAGGUCACUCUCCACAUCCUUCUCUUGAAGGCUUCGUCGAGGAUGAGAAGGAAUGUGUUACAGGUUCUGAUGAUGAAGAUGAUGUUGCUCAUGCAUGAUCAUCAUCAUCAUCAUCAUCAUCAUAUGUAACAUAUAUAUAGCUUUCUUAAAGACUAGUAGUAAAAGUGUAGCAGAUUUCAGUGCAUGCAUGCGCUUGUGCUCAGUAACAAAAAAUUCUCGACAAUUACUGUGGGAUGAAAAUAGGGAGCGGUUUGCUACCGAGCACUUGCAGGAAGAAUUUGCUUUGUGGUUUAUUAAUAUAUUAAUAUAACACAUUAUGGUUACCUAGA